AUGGACGGGCCCCCUGGGGGCCCCCCCCACGAGGCAGGGUCUUCAGGGCAGCGGGCGGGGGGCUCCAAUGAGCUGCUGCAGCUCCAGCAGCAGCAGCUGCUGCUGAGGAAGCAGCAGCAGGCUCUGCAGCGGCUUUUGCACCAGCAGCAACGGCGCCAGCUCGGGACAGCAAGCAACAGCAGCAGCAGCAGCUGCAACAGCAGCAGCAGCAGCAACGAGCCGUACGCUGCACACAAUGCGGGCCGCUCACAGAUGGCCUGCAGCGGAAGGCAACAGGGGUUCCUCUUGCAGCAACAGCACCAACCACAGCAGCAGCAGCAGCAACAGCAGCAGCAGCAACAUGGGCGACAGCCACCUGUGCAUUCGGCUACACGAAGUCUCUCCCACGUGCUCAUGCAGCAGCAGCAGCAGAAACCACUGCAGCAGCAGCAGCUAAGGCAACAGCUACCGCAGCAGCUGCAGCUACAACAGCAACCACUGCGGCAGAAGCAGCAACAGCUGCAGCUGCAGAAACAAUUGCGAUCACAAUGCCACGAGCAGCAGCUGCAGCCGCAGCAGCUGCCAACGCAGCAAGCGCAGCAGCAGCUGCUGCAGCUGCAGCCCCACUUGCAGCCGCAGCAAAAAAAGCAGCAGGAGCAACUUCGGCCAGAGCAACAGCAACAGGAGCAGCAGGAGCAGCAGCAGCCGCAAGAGGCGCAGGGGAUGCAGCAGCAGCAGCAGCAGCAGCAGCAAAAGGGGACUUUGCAGCAGCUGCAGGGGCAGCAGCAAGUGGAGAGAAGCCCCCACCAGCACUCGCAGGAGGAACUCUUGCUGCUGCUGCGCCCCGAUGCAGCAGCACAGCGAGCGCAGCAGCAGCUGCAGUUUGCUGCUGGUGUUCCCGUGUAUCCUUUGGGUCUCUUUUGCCUCCGCCUGUUGCAGCAGCGCCGAGCAGCAGCAGCAGCCAACCCCCCACAGCAGCAGCAGCAGCAGCAGCAGCGGGCGGCGAAGAGUGCCUGCUGCGUGAGCAGCAGCGCGAGCAAGACCGGCGGCGGCAGCAGCAGCUGGAGCAGCAGCAGCAGCAGCAGCAGCAGCUCUUGCUGCUGCCUGCAUGCGCCUGCAGCAAGAGAGUGCGGCUGGUGCUGCCUGCGGCUGUGGGGCCCCACAGAAGGCUCUCUGGAUUUGCUGCGGCGCUCUCUUCUUAUAGAAGACUUGCAGGGGUUGCCCGCCAGCGGCAGCAGCGGGGGCAGCAGCAGCAGCAGCAGCAGCAGAGGCCAGUUGUGGGGCCCCACACGCUACACAGCAGCUGCCCGCGCUCCCAAGUGCCCCUCCAGCCAGCAGCAGCAGCAGCAGCAGCAUCAACAGCAGCAGCAUCAACAGCAGCAGCAGCGCAGCGGCAGCAGUUGCUGCAGUAGCUGCUGCCACUGGAAGCUGGUGUCGGAGUGCGAAAGCCAGAAGCAGCAGCAGCAGCAGCAGCAGCAGCAGCAGACACAAGACAGGGAUACAGCGCGUCUGGUGUAUGUACAGCUCUGCGGGCGGCCCCUCACAAAUGGGGCCCUCGAGGCCCUUGCCAAAGACCACCGCGUUGUGCAGGAGGCCAGGGAGCGCAUGCAGCAGCAGCAGCAGCAGCAGCAGCAGCAGCACGACAGCAAGAGCCCCUCGAGCUCUGCUCUCGCGCUGUGCUGCAGCAAACGCGACAGGCAGCAGCAGCAGCAGCAGCAGCAGCAGCGGCUGUGUGAAAUAGAAGUCCCCCGCCAGUCCAUGUUUCAUUACCGCAGCUUCUCGAGACUGGGGGGCCUCCCCAGCAGCAGCAUUUUGACAGCCCUGUGUCGCGUGGGUCUUCUUAUGCCCAGACACGCGCCCCACACCAAGGCAGCAGCAGCAGCAGCAACAGCAGCAAAAGCAGCAGCUGGAGCUGCAGCUGGUGUGGCGGCAAGUGCAGCAGCGGCGCCAGCUACGGAGUCUGUGCGAACUGGGUUUGUAGCAGCAGCAGUAGCAAGAGAGCCCGGUGCGGCGGCAGCUGCAGCAGCGGCAGGUGAAGCAAAAACAGCAACCCAUGGUAUGACACCAGCAGCAGCAGCAGCUGCUGCUGCUGCUGCUGAGGGGGAAGCAGCAGACGCCAACCCAGUGGAGAGAGCAGCAGCAGAACAGACAAACACUACAGCUGCUGCGGCGCGACCUGCUUCACACAUUGCAAUUGCUGAUGCUACUGAAGCAACUGCGCCAGCAGCAGCAGCAGCAGCAGCAGAAGCGGCAGCAGCAGCAGCAACCCCUGAGGAUGCCGCAGCUUCCACGUCUCCAGCAGCUCCAGACAGUGCAAAUGACGCAGCGUCAGUAUCAGCGGCGCCAAACGCAGCA